UUCACUAUAGAAAAAAACAAAACAAAACCGGGCACUAGAGUUCAUCUCCGAGUGUCCUCGAUUCCCGCUCCCAUGUCCCUGCUUCCCAAAACAGAGCAAAACGACGUCCCCGUCGUCGACAUUGACAGCGACGAAGACGGCGGCGCCGCGGUAGCUCCGGCCAAAAACGACGCGUCGUCGCAUAAGACUCCGUCGCCACAAGUUGAGCUUGUGCAGCAAGAAACCCCUUCGUCGAGUUCCUCUCUGUCUGCCUCCGACGGCCUGUCCCGAAGCUUCUGGAAAGCCGGGGACUACGUUGUUGGUCCCUCCUCGAAGCCCGCUCCCUUCCAAGGUCACUUGGAACAUGCUCGGGUGCACCCCAAGUUUCUGCAUUCUAAUGCAACUUCCCAUAAAUGGGCUUUUGGAGCAAUUGCUGAGCUUGUGGAUAAUGCUGUUGACGAGAAUCAAAAUGGUGCAACUUUCGUGAAGAUUGAUAAGCUUGAUGUCAAGAAGGAUAAUUCACCAGCAUUAUGUUUUCUAGAUGAUGGUGGUGGAAUGAACCCUAAUGCAAUUCGAAAAUGCAUGAGCUUGGGUUAUUCAUCAAAGAAGUCAAAGACAACGAUUGGACAGUAUGGCAAUGGUUUCAAAACUAGUACCAUGAGAUUGGGUGCUGAUGUUAUUGUUUUCAGUCGGGCAAUGCAUUCAGGCCGGGCCACGCAAAGUGUGGGUCUACUAUCCUAUACCUUUUUGCGUAGAACUGGGCAAGAUGAUGUAGUUGUUCCAAUGAUAGAUUUUGACAUAUCUGGUCAUUGGGCUGAGCCAAUUAUUUAUAGCUCACAGCAUGAAUGGUCAGCCAACUUGAAAACAAUUCUUGAUUGGUCUCCCUUCACAUCAAAGGAGGAGCUCAUGCUUCAGUUUGAUGAUAUAGGAUCACAUGGAACCAAAGUUGUAAUAUACAAUUUGUGGUUGAAUGAUGAAGGGAUAUAUGAAUUGAGUUUUGAUGAUGAUGCUGAGGAUAUUAUGCUGAGAGAUGAGGCCACCCAUGGAGCUGAGAAAAAUUUGUGCAAAAAAACUGUUCAGCUUCAGUCACAUAUUUCUUACCGCCUUCGUUUUUCUUUACGGGCAUAUGUUUCGAUGUUGUACCUUAGAAAAUUUUCUAACUUCUCUAUCAUACUAAGGGGGAAACUUGUGGAUCAAUUUAACAUUGUGGACGAUUUAAUAUAUUCAAAAGUAAUUCCAUAUAAGCCUCAGCUAGCCAUGGCAUCAAAUGAGGCUAUAGUGGAGACAAAGACAACCAUUGGAUUUAUAAAGGAGGCUGCAGAAAUUAAGGUUACUGGAUUUAAUGUGUACCACAAAAAUCGCCUAAUCAAGCCCUUUUGGAAAGUAGUUGCUGAUGGUUCAUCAAAAGGGCGUUGUGUUGUUGGGGUUCUUGAAGCCAAUUUUAUAGAACCAGCGCAUGACAAGCAGGAUUUUGAGAGAUCAGUGCUGUUCAUUCGGUUGGAAAACAAACUGAAACAAAUGACAAUGGAUUACUGGAGAGAACACUGUCACUUGGUUGGAUAUCAGCCACCAAAUUUGAAAUCACAAAAAAAUGUGGUAAAAGAAGCCCACAUUCGAAAAUCAGCUGAACAUUCAACUAAUCCACAGAAUCAGUUGCUUGCUGAUCAACAGGAUACUAGCUUGGUAGCUGAGCAUCAAAGUGGUCUGAGUCAGUCAGUUGUGGGUCUUGCAGUGACUGGCAUGCAAGGUUUGCGUCAUGAGCACCUUGUAUGCAACAAUUUGGGGUUCAUGAGCAUGCAUUUUUUCUCACAGGGUACAAUAGUAGAAACUCCAGGAUCUGUAUCUCCUGAUGAAAUCUGUGCAGAAAACAUAAAACUUUUCGAGAGGUGUGAGGAGUACAGGCAAAAAGAGACUGAACUGAAACAGACGGUUGUGGACUUAGAGGACGAAUUGAAACAAAUCCAGAAGAAAUGUACUCUUCUUGUUUCACUCGUAGAGACAAAGAGGAAGGCAAAGAGUGUUAAGGGACAAUAAUUACGUUAUACAAGCAUCAUAUCAUUGAGAGGCAAGUUGAUUACCUUUCAAGUAAUUUCCGAGUGUAAAAGCACCUGUUUUGUAUAUAUGUUCACCCGUGUUAGAACAACUCUGGCUGGUUCGGAAGAAAAGGCAUACUGGACUUUGCACACAUAGUAGAAUUGAUUCACGUAAUUAGAGGAAACUCUAUCAGUUUAAGGUUGCUAUUAGCUGAUUCUGUGAAAACUUUUCUCUAAUUUGUAAAGUUCUGUCUUUUCGGUUAAAAAUUUCUGCUAUUAUUGUCAAAGAAAUCAGAUCAGAUAAUAUUGUUCUUGAGGAAAAGAGGUUUCGAAGAGCAAAGCCUCAUUUUAUUAUCGAAAUACUGAUUGACACAAAAUUCAUCAAA